ACUUACGAAAACCAAAAGCGUGGUUGCAGACAGACGUCCUUCAAGUUCUUGCUGUUUUUGUAGGUUAACUUCGUGUCAGACAUUUUCAAGGCUAAUAUAGUCAUCUCAUAUUGUAGUAAUCUUCGUUUUCAUUCUACGGAAGACCAACACCAUAUGUAUAUCUUCAGUGGUUGAUUGGGUUUAUGCUGUGUUUACAACCGGUUAAUGUUAGCAGAGGCCUAGCAGUUAGCUAACGUGAUAAUUCACCAGCGUUUUCUGGGACUUCUCAGAUGAUACACUCUCCCCACUGUGUUGUCGAAGUGACACAGUAAGCCCUUAACUCAGCAUGCACCCUGACCUGUCACCUCACCUGCACAGUGAUGAGUGUAAUCAACUCAUAACUCUUCUGAGGCAGUGCCACAAAGAGCACAAUGUCAUGAAGUUCUUUGGAACGUGUAACGAUAUGGACCGUGCCAUGCGUCACUGCAUGAAGCAAGAGAGACUGAAUAAGCGGGAACUCAGCAAGCAGCAUGCCAAAGAGAUGAAAAAGAGGCUGAAAGAAGGGCCAAGAGAGGAGCUCUGAAGGACAUUUCAAUGCAACUUUAACACUGCCACUACCAGUUUGAAGGAGUGAGAUAGUGAGACACUGAAUAAAGCAUGACACUGUGUAACAGGCCUCCCCUAAUCUCGUGUCAAGGCGGAGGAAGGAUGACAACUUCUGUCUUUUUGAAAAUUCAGUGGAGUGUGGAUUAUAUUGGUAAUUAAGAAUUGAGGUCUAAGUGUCAUGUGCUAUACAUCAUUUUGAAAUUGUUUGAAAAGCAAGGUUAUUUUAAAUGUUGUGCAUAUAUCAACAAUGAUAUGGUUAAGAUGCAAAGCUUACUUCUCUAUUCAACCUCCCUAACACAUUUGACUUGUUAUCAGCCGGAAAGACUGGGAUUUACAGCUUUACCAGAACAUUUGAGUAAAACAUGAAAACACCUGACUGAGUGCUUUGGGUGAAAGAUUGCUGUUGGGAUCAUCUAUAAUUUCCCCUCGGGACCUUACUGCUCAAUAGAAGUUAGUAAGUGUAGCUGGUGGCAGAAGCCUUCCAUCAAACUGCUGAAGUUAACAAGACACCUCAGGAAUAGUCUUGUACCAGUUUCAGGGUAUGAGCAGUGGCUCUGAAUGUCAACACACACCCGUGAACACAAUUUCCGUUUGAUUGUUUAUUUGAAUGGGGAAUCAUAUUGAUUCGGUACAGGUUUAACUUCUUUCAAAUAAAGUGAUAUUAUAAUAAUC